GAUGGCCAACGAGCACCAACAAACGCGCAUCUCGGCCGUCGGCUUGGCCACGGAACUCAACGAGCUGCGCGAGGCCCUGUCCAAGGAAUCCCAGUCGUAUCAAGAGUCCACCACCUCAGUGCAGCGCUGGGUGACGGAGACCAUGGCUCUGAAACAGGCCUUGCAAGACGAGGAGAUUGCUCAAGCAGCCCUUACCCACAGCGUCGCUGAGAAUAAGCAGGAGUUGGACAAGCAGGUCGCUCUUGGGAAGAGCCUGGCAGAGGCGACUGCUGAGUACAAGAGCGGAAAGGAGGAACUGUGGCAGGCCAUGAGUUCAGUGGAAGAGAGCAACAAGCAAACUGUCAAGGACGUGGAAUCCUUGCGGCUCCGUACACAGCACAUGGAGGUCCAGCGCCUUGGUCAGGUGACCCGGCAAGUGGAGGAGUUAACGGCUCAACAGGGUGAUACUGUGGGAAAGUUGGAUCGUGUGGAGCAGGCACAAAGCAGUGGGCAGAAGUCGGUCAGCGCCAAAUUGGAGCAUCAGAUGAGUGAACUGAAGCAAGCGCAGACCAUGUUGACGCAACUCUCGGAACAGAGCACCUCGCACGAGUUCAUCGAGAGCAAGGACCAUCAGUACAGGCUCUGUGUGACCAUGGAUGGGGACAUUGGCAUCUUCCGCCGCUCCGGCUGGGGCAAGCAUGGUAGCGAAUUUGGGGCCGUGCCGCGAUGGCACGCGGGUGCCGUGGGGGAGAAAGCCCUGUGUUCGGUGAAUCGAGAGACGCAAUCCUAUGAGAAAGAUCGAUUUCUGGCUUUGGCCAACCGUGAGCAGCGGUAGCAUCGCCUGCUACCAUGGGCUAAGCUACACAAACACCCUGAGUUGAAUCUGAAAUUCGCCAGGUUGCAACUGAUCUUUGGAUGCAUAUUUUCAUAAUUCAUCAAAUUGUGUCUUUUUUGAACCAUGUUUUCAUUGAUACAUGUUGACUCAGGCUGCAACGCAGCCUGAAACAGCAAUACGCGCGCGAAUCCAUAUGUUUUUUGGAUUUGGGACGUGAAGAACGGGAGGUUUGCUAAAAAGGCUGACCUCCCUCCCCGGAAACACUGGAAGCUGAAGGUUUCCAAUCUCUGGGUUUGCUGCGGAGCUGCUGAAGCAGCAAACGCAGUUGUAUAAGUUUGGUGUCCAGGCUGGUUGAAGAUGCUUUUAGCAAGAUCACUUUGGUUGGA